UUGUCUUAAUAGAGUGACGUGAGUGCUUAGGAGUCUGUGAGCUUACAGUACCAAAAUCCUCAUGCUGAUGACCCCAUCGUAAAAAAAAAAUAUUAAAGGCAAAUAGAGUCGUCUUGACAAGAAAUUAGAGGAACAAUAUGGCUGAAGCAAAGAACUAUACGAAUGAAAUUAGGUGGAGUCUUGAGGGAAAGACAGCUCUGGUGACCGGUGGAUCUCGCGGCAUAGGGCAUGCAAUUGUGGAAGAACUAGCCAGAUUUGGAGCCAUAGUUCACACGUGUUGUCGCAAGGAAAGUGAGUUGGAGAAGUGUUUGGAAGAGUGGAAAAAGAAGGGUUUCAAAGUAACCGGUUCAGUGUGUGAUGUCUUGUACAGAGACCAAAGAGAAAAACUAGUGGAAACUGUGUCUUCUAUUUUCCAAGGAAAGCUCAACAUUCUUGUAAAUAAUGCUGGAGUAUUAAUAACAAAGAACUCCAUAGAGGUCACUGCUGAAGAUAUUUCGACCUUAUUGGGGACCAACUUUGAGUCUGCUUUCCAUUUUUCACAACUGAGUCAUCCUCUUUUCAAAGCUUCUGGAGAUGGAAGCAUUGUUUUCAUUUCUUCUAUCACUGGAACUAUGGCUUUAAACGCUUGCUCUAUCUAUGGGGCAACAAAAGGAGCAAUGAACCAAGUUACAAGGAACUUGGCAUGUGAAUGGGCAAAAGACAACAUUCGUGUAAACACGGUUGCUCCAGGGUUCACUAGAACUGACAUGUUGGACAGUUUUUCGGAAUAUGGUAAAAAAGGAGGAGGAGGUGGUUUAGAUCAAUUAAUUGAUCGAGCUCCAAUCAGACGAAAAGGAGAGCCUAAUGAAAUUUCAUCUGUUGUGGCUUUUCUUUGUUUGCCUGCUGCUUCAUUUGUAACAGGCCAAGUUAUUAACGUCGAUGGUGGAUUUACUGUCAAUGGCUUCCCAAACCCAUCUCCAAUCUCCACUUGAAGACUAGCAAAUUAAACACGCACACACACACACACACAUAUAUAUAUAUAUAUACUCUCAAAUAAAUCAAUUUGGUGUGUAUGUUUUAUCGGUACUUAUAUAUUAUCAAUAAUUUCCCUAAAAUUAUGUUAUUAUAUAAUAUUUGUAUGUGGAAUAUUAUCUUAUUCUAUAAUGUGAUAUUUACAUGCAA